CAAUUGGGCACUGAGGUUGGUAUAAUCGAUUAAUCCACUUCCUUGAAAAUUUUAGGCUUAGUGUUUUUAAAAAGAAUUAUUAUUAUGAAGGCAGCGAGGUGGCAGAAUCGUUAGCCGGCCAGAUAAAAAUACAUGGCAGUAUUUCGUCUCUUUUCACAUUCUGAGUUCGACUUUGUCUUCUGUCAUUUCGGAGUCGAUAAAAUAAGGGUAAACUUGUUGUAAUUGACUAGAUCACUGUCGCUUCCCAACCCUCAAAACAUUAACCAUCCAACAUUUGCGCCAAAAAAAAAACGAUUAUUAGCCCUCGUUACCGGUGUUUUUGUAGGCGAGGGAAAACUGCCAACUACACCGAUCACUUUAUCUUACAGAGCAACUCUAAUUGUAUAUUUAGGCCUGAAUUUACUGUGCAUAUCAUCGUCUGUGGGUGUGUGACCUACUUGAGAUCGGCGUUCUACCACUACUACCUCCGCUACGGCGGCAUAAGCAUUCAUUUCAUUUCAUGCGCCAGACAGACAGGUCGUAGGUUCCUUUGUCCUCUAUCAAGGAAAAAAAAAAUGGAUUUUAAUUGCCGACUAAAUGAACGAAUAACUCCUUCACUUGCCCUUCUGCUCUUAUCAGUUCAACAUCCAAACCAAAAGUAUGAACACACGCACACAAAGAAAUAAAAAUAGAGGGGAAAAACGGAAAAAAUUACAUUUUAAUCAUGAAAUAUACGAUGAAAUAGUUAUGCUGAGUGGUCCACAUCUGCCUGUGGUGGACAAACCUUGACUUCAUCAGGACGUCUGCAAAUCUUCAUUGAAGCUCCUUGUUGUUUUUGCCUACAUAGUUUCCGUUAAUUAUAUUUUUCAAUAUGAAUGUUAAUUGCGGGUGGAACCAGCCUGUCAGUCAAAGGUAUUCUUGUGGUAAGUAGAAAAUAUAUCAGCAAUGAAUAUUUUUCUGCAAAUCCCAUGAUAUCUAAGAGAAGAUACUAAUGAUGAUAUGAAUCUCCAUAAUGUGGCCCACUUGGAGAAGACCCAGUCAAUAGCAGACUUUCUACUGGUGAGUCGAAAACUGUAUCGUCAUUGAAUAUUUUUCUGCAGAUGUAAAGAGAAGUCGAUGACAUCUGAGACAAGAAACUGAUAAUAGAUUAACUCGGACAUUUGUCAGCUUUUUAAGUUAUUGCUCAAGAAUUAACAUGGAGAACGUUAAUCACUUGGACACUUGUAACGCAACUGUUAUUAACAAUGUAGAUACAGUUAGAGAAACAGACGAAAAUGAGAAAGCUGAAAACGGAAGUGUUCCUGAAUAUCGCUGCGAGAUUUGUAGGAAGACAUUCUCUACAGAAUACGAAGUCAUCUUACACAAAGAAAUACACAGUAAGAAAAAACUAUUUCACUGUGAUGUAUGUGGGAAGUAUUUUGUGUAUUUUAGCUAUUUAAGAAAUCACCAAAGAAUCCACACAGGAGAAAGACCUCAUCAUUGCGAGAUAUGUGGGAAAUCUUUUCUCAGCAGUAGUCACUUAAAAACACACACAAGGGUACAUUCUGGAGAUAAACCCUUCCACUGUGAACAGUGUGGGAAGAGUUUCGUGUCCAACAGUAACUUAACAGCACACAAAAGAGUUCACACUGGAGAAAAGCCAUUUUACUGUGAAAUUUGUGGCAAAUUUUUCUCUGUUAAUUCUAGUCUCAUUGUUCACAAAAGAAUCCACACUGGAGAGAGACCCUAUCAUUGUGAUGUGUGCGGGAAAUCGUUUGUUUCUAAUUGUGAUUUAACAAAGCAUAAAAGGAUACAUACAGGGGAAAAACCCUUUGGUUGUCAAGAUUGUGGGAAAGCCUUCAUUUGUAAAAGUGACUUGACAAAACAUACAAGAAUACACAGUGGAAUAAGGCCAUUCCACUGUGAAAUAUGUGGAAAAUCAUUCUGUGAUAAAUCUAGUCUCGUUGUUCACAAUAUAACACACACCGGAGAAAAACUAUUUUAUUGUGAAAUAUGUGAGAAAUCAUUUGUUAACAAUUCAUAUCUGGUCAUUCACAUACGUCGUCACACUGGAGAAAGACCAUUCCAUUGCGACUUAUGUGCAAGAUCGUUCAUUUCUAACAGUGAGUUGACAAAACAUAAACUGCUACACACCGGAUUGAAACCUUUUUGUUGUGAAAUAUGCGGCAAGUAUUUUGUCAAUAAAAGCGUCUUAACAAAACACAGAAGAAUCCACUCUGAAGAGAGACCAUUUCACUGUCAGAUCUGUGGUAAAUCGUUCCGUAAUAAUCCACAUCUUGAAGUUCACAAACGUAGCCACACUGGAGAAAAACCCUAUCACUGUGAGAUAUGUGGGAAAUCGUUUAUCACGAACAGUUAUCUAACUACGCACAAGAGAAUUCACACUGGAGAAAAACCUUUCCAUUGUGAAGUGUGUGGUCAGUCCUUUGUCACCAAUGGUCUCCUAAAGACACAUAAGAUGAAACACACUGGAGAGAGACGGUUCCACUGUGAAAUAUGCGGGAAGCCGUUUGUUAACAAUUCUCAUCUUUUAGUUCACAAACGUAGCCACACUGGAGAGAAACCAUUCCAUUGUGAUAUUUGUAGAAAGUCAUUUGUUGAUAAUAGUGUCUUAACUAGACACAUGAGAAUACACACUGGACAGAAGCCAUUCCACUGCGAAGUGUGUGGUAAAUCCUUUGUGUCUAGAAGUUAUUUAACAACGCAUAUGAUAAGUCACAGUGGAGAAAAAUCAUGUCAUUGUGAAAUCUGUGGUAAAUCUUUUGUCUACAACAGUUCUUUAACGACUCACAGAAAAAUACACACCGGAGAAAAACUUUAUUGCUGUGAAAUUUGUGGGAAAGCAUUUAUCACAAACAGUCACUUAAAAAGGCACAGGCGGAUACACACUGGGGGGAAGCCUAUUCAUUGCGAAACGCCUGAAAUAGGAGACAAUUGAAUCUUCUUGUGUAAUUUAAUAACCUGAGAAGAAAGUAAUUUACAAACAAAAACAACCAGGCAAUACAGGUAAAUAUUUGUGGGAAUAUCAGAGAUAAAAAACUAUUGAUAUAUUCACAUGUGUGAGAUAAACUUUAGUGAAUUUCAGAAUGGGUACCUAUUCCGAGGAGGUCUUCAUGUAUACAUUUAACCCUGUGGCAUUCGGAGUAUUCUGUUACAUGUAAUGCUUAUUUAUGCACGUUUUCAAUUAAUUAUGCAUUAUCUCUUAACUUGAAAAUUUUGAUGUGUGUGUGUGUGGUUUUUUUUUUCUUUUUUCU